GAAAUGUUUCAGAUGGAGUGGUGAAAAAACAUCAACACGAUUAACUUAAAGAAACAUUAUUUUAUCACUGAAUUUAAAGAUGUUAACAAAAGAAUAUCGAAUUGCCAUGCCACUAACGGUAGAGGAAUACCAAAUUGGACAACUUUAUAUGAUAGCAAGACAUUCACUCGAACAAUCACAAGGAGGUGAAGGAGUUGAAGUUGUUGAGAACAGAGAAUGCACUGAAGAUGAAGAGAACAUGGAUGACAACCAAAAAAUGUUUCUUAAACAACGAGAGUCUCAUAAAAAGGGACAAUAUACUGAGAAACGAAUUCAUCUAAGCUCGAGAUUACCAUAUUGGCUACAAGCUGUAACUCCAAGAGUCUUUUACGUAAUUGAAAAGUCAUGGAAUUUUUAUCCAUACACAAUCACAGAAUAUACUUGCUCAUUCUUGCCAAAGUUUCGAGUUGAAAUUUAUACAAAGUUUGAAGAUAACAGUGGAACAAGUGAGAAUGUCUUUAAUGUUCCUGAAGAUGAAUAUCCUCAAAUUGCAGUUGAUCACAUUGAUAUUGCAUUUGAUGAGAUUCAACCAAAACACUUCAAAGAAGACGAAGACCCAAAGACAUUUAAGUCGGUUAAGACAAAUCGUGGACCCUUAAUCGAAGGCUGGAGAAUCACUGACAAGCCACUUAUGUGCUCGUAUAAAUUAGUUCACGCAUCAUUUGAAGUGUGGGGAUUUCAAACAAAAGUUGAAGAUUUUAUUCAUAAAUGCAUACGAGAAGUUCUUCUCUUAGGACAUCGUCAAGCUUUUACAUGGGUCGAUCAAUGGUAUGACAUGAAUUUGGAAGCUGUCCGAGAAUACGAGAAGCAACUUCAAGAAGAAACAAAUCAGAAAGUACUUAAUGAUAUUCCUGAACCAGAUUCGUGUGAAGUUAAGAUUGAAACUCCACAAAAAGAUGUUUCAGAAAUUGAUUAA